GAAUCACAAAAUUGUUUUUGUGACUUGAGUAGUGAAGGUUUACCUUCCCUUCAAAACGGUUAUUUUCAGCCAUCUCCGUUUUUCAUGUUUGUUAUUAUCGGAGCUUCUGCUAUUUCUGCUAUUUAUUCCUAAUAGAUGUUGAUAAAAUGACAAGAACUACCUCUGGUUUUAAAUCUAACACCUCUAAAGAAAAUUUAUCACAUCUUCUUUCUACUGUUAAUGCAGAAGUUUUAAAAGAAUUUGUUCAUCGUUGCAUUGACAAGAUAUGUGGGAGGAAGGGACCCUCAGAAGAAAAGUUUUGCGCCUCCUGUGGAUGGAAUCAUAGUCAGUUUCUUGAAGCGAAUUCCGCACUGGAAGAAUUCCUAGUUGAAUGUGUGGAACAAGAUUACAAUAGGAAAAAGAUAGAGGAAUUUGUAUCUUUAGAAGACAAUCAACUCCAAGCCUUUCUGAAUUGUUUGGUUGUUCGUAAAGAUGAACUUCAAAUAUCUCUUUUAAGGCAGUAUCAGAACAGACCGUCACAAGUUUUAAGUGACUUUGACUGGAAACUGAAGUGGGUGAUGGGAAGCAGUUCUCUCGCUUCUUAUCAAGAAACACUGCUCGAGUUGGAUAUGACUGCUGUUCAACACCCCAAAGUGCCCAUCACCUCAAAAUCUCCCUAUGAAAGGAUUUCAGUGGAACUUACUCGUGAUGAUCUGUCAACUCUCAUAAAUACUCUAGAAAAGGCCCAAGAGUGUAUGUAAUUAUAUAAUACAAGUUUUUGUCUGUUUGAAAAAACUA